GUGGCAUGGUUGCAGGUAAUGCUAGCAGUGGGCUCUGGAAUCAAGUUCAUGAUUGAGCAACCUCGUGGAUCCUGGAUGUUCAAACUCAAAUGCAUGCGGCGAUUCCAGAAAGCUGCCAAUUUGAGAUUGCUGAGCACACACAUGGGUGCUUUUGAUCACUUGAUGGAGAAACCAACAUGGCUCCUCACCAACUUGAGUGGAGGAGAACGCCUCGAGAAAUCCAUGAACAAAGAGCUCAGGGCAAAGAUCAAGAAAAGGCAACUAGAGCUGGGUGUGGUGCCUUAUAAGAAGAAAGAUGGCAAA